AACCAGGCGGGAGAGGGCGCACUCGCGGCCUGGGGGCCGCAGCCAAUCCGCGGGGCCCGUGCGCGGCGCUGGGCGGCCGCCAUUUUGUGGGAGGGCGCGGGCGAAGGGCAGAGCGCGGCGGCGGGACGGCGGCGGCUGAGGACAAGCAGCCAUGGCUGGCCAUGACUCAGGAACUCAACACCAGUUCACUGGAUUUCAGAAGUACUUCAAUUCCUAUACCAUCACAGGCAGGAGGAAUUAUGUAAUAGCAACUUACACAAGUAUUGCAAUGCUCGUCUUGUAUUUCAAGCUCAGACCUAAAAAGAAAACUCCUGCUGUGACAGAUAAGUAAAUGCAGGUUGCUGGCAUGUCGGAACCCCCAAUCUGUGUCAAUGUAAUGCAAGCUGACCUGUUGUGGCUAAUAAAAUAUAAUUAAUUACUUGUUUUAUUGGAAAUAUGAAACGGUGCAAAAAAGCAUAAA